CGAGUAUCUUCAUUCUUUUUCUAAACUGAAAUUGUAAAAAUUACUAGUAGUAUAACAGUUGGCCCGCUUGUGCCCAAGGCUCUGCUUUUCUUUGGCUUGUACACCGCACCUGUCGACUGUUGGAGUCCUCUAUCUGUAACAAUUAUCAAUUUUUUCACUAAGUGGUCUUGUUUGCACGGUGCAUACUGCAAACACAAUGCUUCUGGAGUGCCAUUGCACGUCACUAAAAUACAAUGAAGUGGCUAGCAAGGCUACAAGAAUUUAGGCGAUACAAAGCUUUAUGAUAACACCCAAUUUUUCCAAAUUGGCGGUUCGAUCUAUGAUUUAUCAUUCAUGGACGUUGAUAAGAUCCAUCAGUAUUUACUAAGUAAAGAAGUAAGAGCUUGUUGACCAGAGAAAAAUGAGACUGCUUUCCCACCAGUUCAGCUCCAAGGAUCUCUUGUCUAUGGUCAUGUGUUCUUCCACUUGGCUGUCCAAGGCGGAGCCACUGUCUGCCCGGUACAAUUUUAAAUGCCAUUAUCAUACACGACAGCCAGAGCAAGAUAGAAAACAAAUACAAACAGAUGAACAAAAACAGAACAAGAAACAGGGACCUUCUAUUGGCUCUCCAGCUCGAAUCCAGAAACUUAUCGCUUCCCAAUCAGAUCCACUCCUUGCUAAAGAAAUAUUUGAUUUAGCCUCUCGAGAACCUGAUUUCCGGCAUUCCUGUGCCACUUUCCACACCCUCAUCCUCAAGCUUGGCCGUUCCCACCAGUUCUCCCUCAUGCAGUCCGUUCUCUCUUCCCUCAAGUCACAGCAAUAUUCCGUCUCCCCAUCUCUUUUUUCACACAUCAUCCAAAUCUAUGGUGAUGCUGGCUUACCUGACAAAGCCCUUAAAACUUUCUAUACUAUCCUAGAAUUCAAUAUGAAGCCCCUUCCUAAACAUCUCAACCUCAUUCUUGAAAUACUCGUUUCUCACCGAAACUUUCUUCGACCUGCAUUUGAUCUCUUCAAAUCUGCACAUAAAUAUGGCGUUUUGGCCAACACCACAUCUUACAACAUUCUAAUGCGAGCGUUCUGUUUGAAUGACGAUUUAAGUAUUGCCUACUCGCUGUUUAAUCAAAUGUUUAAGAGGGACAUUGCUCCUGAUGUAGAGUCAUAUAGGAUUCUGAUGCAGGGUUUGUGCCGAAAAAGUCAAGUGAAUAAAGCUGUUGACUUGCUGGAGGACAUGCUGAAUAAAGGGUUUGUUCCUGAUGCUUUAAGUUACAGCACUCUAUUGAACAGCUUGUGUCGGAAGAAGAAACUUAAGGAGGCUUACAAGAUUCUUUGCAGAAUGAAAGUAAAGGGUUGCAAUCCAGACAUUGUACAUUACAAUACAGUUAUUCUGGGGUUCUGCCGAGAAGGCCGCGCUGCUGAUGCCUGUAAGGUCCUUGAGGACAUGCCAUCAAAUGGGUGUCUUCCCAAUUUGGUCUCUUAUCGGACAUUAGUCGGGGGUCUAAGCGAUCAGGGAAUGUACGAUGAGGCGAAGAAUUACAUGGAGGAAAUGAUGUCAAAAGGCUUCUCUCCACAUUUUUCUGUGGUUCAUGCGGUUGUGAAAGGUUUCUGUAACAUAGGUAAGCUUGAGGAAGCUUGUGGAGUAGUGGGGGAUAUUUUGAGCCACGGCGAAGCCCUACAUACAGAAACAUGGGGAGAAAUCGUAUCCAGGAUCUCCGAAUGGGAUGAUGCUGAAAUUGGGAAUAUCUUGGAGGAAAUUAUUAGAGCUGAAAUAAAACCUGAAACGAGAAUAGUGGAGGUUGGUGCUAGGUUGGGCGAAUACUUGAUGAACAGAAUAAAAAGUAAAUCAAGAAAGGGUUGAUCAUUUCACAGGACAAGAAUUGGUCCUGAGUAGCUGCUCAAACCUGCUAUAUGCAUGGAAAAGUGUUUACUUUGGAAGAUAGCAAAUGCACAUGAAACCUGCUGUGGUUAAUUCGAAUGCACAGCAGGUUUCAGAUAGGGAAUUCGAAUUUAUCUUGCUAACUCGUCUGGCCUGUUCAUUGACGUAUUUGAUUUCGCAAGGUGGGUUGUCCUCUCUCAUGUUCUAAUCGACUUUGUGGGCAUAUAGAAUCAUACUUUCUGUGUUUUCUUUAAUAAGUUCUAUACUUGGAGAAGCCAAUUCUUUUGAGUAGUAAAGUCAAGCAUAUCUGCCAUUAUUGAUUAAUUUUUAUUUCCAUCGUACCUUUCUCAGUUUUGCAGAACUCUUUACAAGGGGUGAGUCCUGUGAGAGUUGUUGGUGCAAUAACUUGUCAAAUCAUGUUGAAUUUCUCAAUUUUAUUCCUAAGAAAGAAUGGAGCAACAUUGAAGAGGCAGAAAUGCAAAGACAUGGUGUAAAUUUACUAAUGUCGUCUUCAAUGUCAAGAUAAGUGGGGUUUAGUGUCAUCCGAUAUUAAUUUAGGUAGGGAUUCAGAAAUAAUGACAGGUUUUGCUGACUAUGACUUAACUGUUUUAGGGACUUUUAGAGGACAAAUGCCUCGGUUAUUUAAUUAUCUGAUCUAUGUUUAUUUUCUAUCUGUAUCAAUGGGUUGAUCAGAAGUGGAAAUAUGGUUAGAGUUCUUAUUCUUUCAUUAUUGUAAAAUUUCCAAUUA